UGUAUACGUGUGUCGGCCCCCACCGAGUCUAAAGCUUAUGCCGCAAGCUGCACCUCCAUGCUUCUCUUGUAUUGCGUUUAUUGCAGUCAAUGGCGAAGCAUCGCAAUGCACCUCGAGCUGCUAAGCUUCAAGAGGAGCAGCGAACUACAUUAGAAAUUGCAGCUCCGGAGUCGGUCGGCUUUGAAUUUGAUGGAAAGGUUUUGAAGUAAGGGAUGGCGAUGGCGGUGGCCGUGUGGAGGUUGCAGCCAGGGCGAUGCAGGUGAUGGGAGGUUUACGGGAUGAGGUGGACGGUGUUCGUGAUAGGAGCGUUGGGAGGAAUUUGAACGACUAAGGAAGGUCGUGAGGAUUUUCGGGAGCUGUGUUGGGUCGUUCAGAGGAUUUUGGGGGAUAUUGGUGAAGGAGAGAGAGAGUUGGGGGUUAGAGGGAGGGAGGGCGAUGCGUGAGGGUGUUGGGUUGUGGAGGGAUCCAGCCUUGGUGAGCUGUGACGUGCAGGAAGAGGAUCACCAGCAGGAAAGGAGGUGGAGGCGCGAUGUUGGUCGUAUUCUUGCUGGACACCAGCGCGUCCAUGAACCAGCGCUGCAACAAUGGCCUCUCGUUGCUAGAUUGUGCUAAGAGCGCCGUGGAGCACUUCCACAAGGUACGAUCACGAGAUGCAUCAUGUCGUGUGGACAGGUAUAUGCUCGUCACAUGCGAUGAGGGAUCGGAUUACAUUAAGGUGGUUGAUAAGUACCCCUUUACACAUUUCAUGCGUGCUCUGAAAAGCGUGCAAGCUCGGGACAUGACCAAUCUCGGAGGAGCUUUGCACCGGAUUUUCAACUUUCUGCAUGUGCAACGUCUUGUACUUGAUAUUGAUCGUUACGGGCAAGGGCGCAAUCCAUGCUACAAUGACUUGACCACUAUAUUGUUACUCACCGAUGGGACCGAGCUCACUUCUGUGGAUGGCGUGAGUAACAACCUGCAACCUACUGGUCCCACGGCAGUGGGAAGCGAAUUGACGCUGCAGCCAUUCCGAUGGGAUCAACGCGUUUUUGCAACCGUCUUGAGAAUACCAUCAGUUAGUCCUGCAGUUUUGGAGAGAAGUGGACCUAUUCCUCAAAAUGCACCUAUAUCAGGAGCACCUUCUGCUGUGGUCAUGGAUACAAAUAUUUCUCAGUUUUGCGAGCACACAGGGGGAAAGUGUUUCGUUGCGACUAGCUGGAAGGUGCUGAUGCAGCACACAGAAGCGACAGCCACACGCCUGCCUCCUUGUGUCAUUGUCUCCUUUGAGACUAUGCCCAACCCCUCUUCUCUCCCUCCGCAGGUACAGCAGGCCUGUCAUAGGAAGAUGUUGCUGGUUCGAGGCGGACAAACUCAAGGACAGGGGCACUGGCCUAUUCCUGAGGCAUACUGGCCAGAUCCCUCGAAUCAGGGCAUUCCACCGCGAGAUCCUCAUCCUAUGAUUGCAUACAAGCCAGUUGACGCUGAUCCUCAUAUACCUGUCAACUUCAUUUUCGACAAGUAUGAGAUUGAAUCCAAUCCAAUCAUGGGGUUUCUCAUGAAAGCCAAUUCUGGAGCUUGUUGGCAAGUCUUUGUCCGUAAUAGUAAAGGCACAAAUCAUGGCUACGGUGAUCCCUUCGGAUAUUUGAGACUCAAUCGUGUUGGAAGCAAUCUCACUCUUUUUGUUCUGCCGUACAAUUAUCCGGUACUGUGGCAUCUUCUAGAGCAGCUUGGCAAGAUGCCAGGGCAAUCCAAAAUGUCUCCAUUACCUCAGUGGCGGCAAGACAUGGAGAAAUAUUGUAGCAGUAUUCCGGCAUAUUAUGGACAGCCCUUACGAAUUGCCUUGAAGCGUUGGGGCAUCAACGCUCACGUCGUACCUGAGUCAAUGGACAGUAACCUGUACACAGGAUAUGUGGGCACCCAGCUGAAACGAUUCAAAACACAAGCCAAGGAGCUCUUUGAUGCUGAUAUGGCUCGCAUCAUGGCUGGACAACAAGUAGUAAGUGCUGGCAACGUAACACGAUCAUUAUCGAGGACCCUUCCUCAAUCCACUCCGCCAACUGCAGAGGCACCCCCGGGAUUCACGUCUACGACUGCAACAAGUCUUGUCACACCUCAACGGGGAAUAGGUCAUGGUGAGCAAGUGAGCAUUCGAAGACCAGGCUGGGAAAUGCCUCUUCCCACUGGCCCCACCCCUGCCCAUGUUCCACCAACAUAUACCCCAGCUACUUCAUUUCCACCUACGCUCAGCAUGCCCAGCCCUGAAAUUACAGCUCCUCCGGUUGCAACGGGUAUCAUGAAAGAUGUUAGUCUUUUCAAGAAUCCUUUUGAUAUUCCGCGUGAUCAACUGCUUAGUCAACUGCAAUAUCUGCCCAUUCGAAUUGGACUAGCAUUGGAGACACGGCAAAGUAGAAGAUUGGAUAGAGAUGUUGGAAAACCAGCCAUUAAGUCCAGCCUUAGCAACCUGGCUGCACUUCUGGCGGCGAAGGAGGACGAUGAUGCUCGACAUUCUCUUCCGAUUGAAAAGAUGGGAGAUUUCAAUGAUGCGCUUCUGAAGCAGCAGCCACCCCGCAACCCAUUUGCAGAAGAACCUGACCGGACAAAGCAGCAGCGCAUGAUGUUUGGUAACCCAUACAGGCAGGAGAAGAACGAUGGUGGAGCGGAUGAAGGUUGGAGUGAAGGUACAGGAGGGCUUUUGCAAAGAGGACGGAAGCGAGGUCGGAAUAGGCGUAUUCAUCAACAAGGGGAAUCCGGUUCCUCUCCAUCACUCUCGUCAUCCCCUUCCUCCUCCAACCUUUCCAGUCUCGCUGAUUCUUCAACAGAGACAUCGUCACCAAAUGCGGAGGUCACAUCACCUCAAAGAGGUCAACAAUCAAGUGUAGAUGCUGCAAACACAAGCACCCUAGAUGGGAAAACAGUGGAACCAGUCUCAGUUACUUUAGAAAGGAAAGACUAUGAUCACAGAAUCCUAGUUGCUGGUGCUGAUAAUGUAGAGAAAGGAAAUAUGUUAAGAGCCAAUCACAAGUCACCAGUUUCAAUCCCUGAAAAGCUGAACGAGUAUGGAGAUAAAUUGAGAGCUGUAGAGAAAUUUGACAAUGAUAUGGAUAUAGAGGUAGCAAAUGACAUGGGGAACCGAGCAAUUGAUCAAGGGAGACGGAAGAGGCAUAUGGCGCCGAUGGGGAUACAUCAGGAGCAAUCUCAUGUAGUUGCGUUUCUUCUUUCUGUUAUCCGGGCUCUCCGUUAUUCGAAGCCUUCAAACACUAAACAGUUGUUCGACCUUCUGUCUGUACCAGAUUUUCCAGUGGACAAAGGCAAUUUUCUGGAGCAACUUAUUCUGCAGGCACAUCGGUACAACAAAUUAGCUGUGGCUAAGAAGCUGGUAGAAUACCGAGACACCCUUGUAACAACACAACCUGAUAAUAGUGGACCCUAGCACCUAGCUUUCUUGGGACUUAGACGGAACGUCAAGGUUUGGAAUCCCUCAAGCAGAUACUCAUAUCCACUGGUGCAUCUUGGAGGAGACUUCAAGUGGGGAGCUGCAGAUUUACUAGGUGUAGGCAUCGCAACAAGUCAACUUAUUGCAGGCAACAGGGAAUAAGAAAGUGAGGUAAUCGAUUUUUGGACCCAGAGCGGGACUUGGAUGUAGCUGACACUUGGUUGAGUCAGUUACGGCAUUUGUGAGGUAUGUCGCAUAUCAGCUCGGAUUUUUGGCCCAUAGAGUUGCCAAAAAAGAAAACAAUAGAUGUAAUUCCUUCUCAACUGAUGUCGAUAAAUCGGUGUUACCCUCAAAAGGGGUAUAGCACGAUUGCAAUGGAGCAGAUGCUUGUGGUUUUAGCUGGCCAAAUUCCCUCUAUGGUUGAGGUUAAGCACAUUUCGGCGGAAAGAAACAGGGCUGUUGAAUGGACGCUCUAAGAUUGUGGAUGUGUAUUUUCAAUGUACAUGGUGGAUGAAUUUUAAUUUGCAUAAGCGCAAUAAAUUUGGAGCUUUUAUUUC